GACUCUGAAGAAUGCAUAAUCAAGAACAAACUUAAAAUCUUCCCUCUGUCUUCUUGAUUCCUUGUUUUUAGUUCUGUUUACUACAGCAGCAAUACCAUAAUCAUGUCUCAGACUGUUGUCCUCAAGGUUGGCAUGUCAUGUGAAGGCUGUGUUGGGGCUGUGAAAAGGGUUUUGGGCAAAAUGGAAGGUGUGGAAUCAUAUGACAUUGAUUUGAAGGAGCAAAAAGUCACAGUGAACGGAAAUGUGCAGCCAGAUGCUGUUCUUCAGACCGUCUCUAAGACCGGGAAGAAGACUGCCUUCUGGGAAGCAGAGGCACCAGCUGAACCCGCAAAGCCUGCAGAAUCCGUGGCUGCUGCAUAAUGUUGAUGAUACCAAUAUUUACCAUGUGAAACUGUGUUCUACUGGGUUAUAGUUUGUUGAGCUUUCUAUGAUCAUGAUGUGGAUUGUGGAUAUCCAGCAUGAUUUUAUUUGGAUGUAAGCUGUAAUAAUUUCUCUGGUACAUUCAUAUGGUUAUAUGUAUUAUCAUUAUUAUACCAUAACUUAAAACGCAUGGCAUUUUUUACCGUA